AUGGCGGGGAAUCCAAACCUUCAGAAGCUGGGGAAGCGGAAGAACGCUUCUGCUCAACCUCAGCCAGAUUGGAUGUUUCCGGCCACUGGUACCGCGUCGACCGCCAAACCUCAGAACCAAACUGCCCGAAAGAAGCAAGAGAAAGAAUUCGCAAAAGUUCUUCUCAAGCGUCAAGCUGCUGGAGGAGAGUCUUCGGAACCCGCUCCCUCGUCCCGAUUACUCGAGUCCAUCGAUGCAUUCCUUUCCGAACAUAAGUUCACGAGCACCAGUACUAGUUUCAAGACAGAGCGCAAAAGCCGAGCAGAGACGGCGGAAGACACUGCUGCUGGCGUACCUUCACUCAGUACUAUCUACAAUGAAUGGCUUGAAUUAAAGGCCCAGAAAGGCAGCACAAGCACGAAGACAAUUGCCUCCGAGAGUGUCACUGCUCCUGUGAAGAAGUCGAAGGAUGCAAAGCCAACAAAGAGCGAGAAACAAAGAGCGAAGGCAAAAUCCCCGGAACCGAGCAGUAGCGAUACCAGCGAUACCAGCGAUACUAGCGAUACCAGCAGUGAUGACAGCGACAACAGUGACGUGGAAAUGAAGGAUGCCCCGGCAACUAAGGUGUCCAGCAGCAAAUCGUCGUCCUCUUCUUCCGCAUCCUCUUCUUCCGCAUCCUCUUCUUCAGCAUCUUCUUCUUCAAGUAGUUCCGACAGUGACGCAGAUGAUGAGAAGGAAGCGCCAGCAGCGAAUUCUGCAUUGCCGAAGCCAAAAGCCAAUGCCCUAAAACGCAAAGCUUCGCCCAGCAGCGGCCCGUCAGACUCUCAUUCCGCCUCGAAGGGUGACGGUCCAAAGACGAAGAAGGCCAAGACGGAUGUUAGCUCUUCAUCUGAGAGUGGCUCCUCGUCAUCUUCUUCUGACUCUUCGUCAUCUUCUGACUCUGACUCAAGCUCCGGAUCUGACAGCGAUUCCGAUUCCUCCACCAACUCUCUUGCGCAAAAGACGCCAUUGCCUGAUUCUUCCUCGGAGUCAUCCGAUUCAGAGUCGUCCGACUCAGAGAGCGAUUCAGAAGAAGAUACCAACGAGAAACCAGCUACCGCUUCGGAUACUAGCGCGACUCUCUCCGAUGAUCCCAAGAAAUUGACCUCUGGUUCCGAUUCAUCAUCGUCGGAUGAAGAGGAAUCAAAACCAAAGUCCAAAGCGGCGAAGAGUGGAAACACGCCAAAGGUCCGCAAGCUCUCCCCGCCGCUGCCCCCCGAGCCAGUUGCGAAGCCUUUCAAGAAGCAAAACGUACCCUUCUCUAGAAUCCCAAAGGACACUAUGGUAGACGAGCGCUUGGCCAGUAACGCAUAUGUGCCGUACGACUAUGCGCAGAAGGCCCACGAGGAUCUCAUCGUGACCAAGGGGAAAGGGUUUACCAAGGAGAAGAAUAAAAAGAAGCGAGGGAGCUAUCGGGGAGGGUACAUUGAUGUCGAAGGCAAGAAGGGAAUUAAGUUUGACGAUUAG